CUCACCAACCCCCACCCCCCCCCCAAAGUGGCUUCUUCUCCCUGCGUACCUUUCUUUUUCCUUUCUAGAGUGACUUAAAAUACAGUGAGAAUGAUAGUAAUCACUCUUCUCCAGAGCUUGAUUCUAUCUCGAGCGCUUUGAGGCUCUGUCUCGUCGGCGGCUAUAAUCAAGAUUUCCUCGCCGCAUUCUUCAAUUUUUCUGCUUCAGUCUGCGGCUUUCACUUCUCCAUUUGAGGGGUUACACCGCAAAUUACUUCUUUGGCCACUCACAUUAAAAGUAAUUUUCCCAUCGAGAAAGAAUUUCAAAAUAAAAUUUUACUAAAAAAUAAUGGUGAUGAGAAGGAGGCUCGCUUGCUGCACUUGGGACAGAGAGAUGAGCGUCGACUUCGAUGAACAAGAGAGAGUAAUGACAUAUAAUGGUCUUGAGAAUUGCAUUCUCAACAGUCAAUCUUAUGAGGAUGAAAGUGGAACAAGCAGAGGAGAUGGGUGUGCAACUGACUCUUUGGAUGAUGAUGAUUCAAGCUGCUCUUCUAGCAAAGAUGCUUUUGGAUCAUUUUCCUCAAAAUGGUUGACAAUGAAGAGGGAUGAACAGGGUUCUGAUGAAUGGGAGCUCUCCGAAAGCCCACAGCAUUUUUAUUGCAAAGAGAAACCUGCUUAUGCCGUUCAGUUUUCAGAUGUAGAAGCAAUGAAAGAGAAAUUUGCUAAACUACUCCUGGGUGAAGAUAUUACAGGGGGUCGUAAAGGUGUCAGCACUGCAUUAGCUUUGUCAAAUGCCAUAACAAAUCUUUCUGCUUCUAUUUUUGGGGAGCUCUGGAAAUUGGAACCGUUGCCUGAGGAAAGGAAGAACAAAUGGCGAAGAGAAAUGGACUGGCUGCUCUCUCCUACAAACUAUAUGGUUGAGUUAGUCCCUGCCAAACAAAGUGGCGCCAAUGGACGAACUUUGGAGAUAAUGACACCAAAAGCUCGUGCUGAUAUUCACAUGAAUCUUCCAGCUCUUCAGAAGUUGGACUCUAUGCUUAUUGAGACACUUGACUCGAUGCUGGACACUGAGUUCUGGUAUGCAGAAGUGGGCAGCAGGGCGGAAGGAAGGAACAAGAGUGCAAGGGAGAGCAAGAGGUGGUGGCUUCCAUCACCACAAGUACCAAAAACUGGUCUUUCAGACACUGAAAGGAAGAAACUGUUCUGCCAGGGUAAGAUGGUCCACCAAAUUUUCAAGGCUGCUAAAUCCAUCAACGGAAGUAUCCUGCAGGAAAUGCCUGUGCCAGCAAUUAUCAAGGAUGCAAUUCCCAAGUCUGGAAGAGCAAACCUUGGUGAGGAUCUGUACAAGGUCUUAACAACAGAAUACUGUUCUGCUGAUGCAAUGCUCAAUUCCAUCAAUUUAAGAUCUGAACAUACUACUCUUGAGGUCAUUAGUCGAUUAGAAGCUGCUAUAUUUUCAUGGAGAGAGAGAAUCAUGGAACAAAAUAGUGGUAAAUCACCAGUUCGUAAAUCAUGGUCUUUUAUUAAGGACCCUAUGUCCGAGUUAGAUAGGACAGAGUUACUAUUGGAGCAAGCUAAAGUCCUUCUGCAAGAAAUCAAGGCCAGAAAUCCUAAUCUCCCUCAUUCAUUUCUUGAUGCUACAAAAAUUCAGUAUGGCAAGGACAUUGGGCAUUCAAUUAUAGAAGCAUAUUCCCGGGUAAUUGGAAACUUGGCUUUUAGCAUCCUGUGUCGUAUAGGAGAAAUGCAGGAAGAUAUUUCGAGCAAUCCCAACUCUCCGGCUCUCACAUAUAAUUUUCCAGAUAUAAAUAGCACCAAUAAUUCAGAAAAUCGAGUGCCUGGUGUAGAUGUAAGGCGAUCACUCUCUGAUCAGAUGAGAAGUGUGGAUGGAAGAAACUAUGAGUCUACUAGUUGUGAUAAUUUUGAUUUGGAUUCUUUGUAUAGUGAAGCAAAAACAAGUUCUGUGAAUGCAACUCCGAGUAGGGGACGUUUAUGGUGCAUGCGUAGAGAGGCUUGUAUCGGCGGUUCCCCUGUGAAAUCUCCCUAAUACCGGAGAGUUAUUUUUUAUAGACAUCUUGUAAAUUACAGCAUCAUGUGAUUAACAAGAUAGCCAAGUUAAUUUUGGUUUACCUCUUA